GCAUCCGGGAACUCUGCGCGCCCAUGCGCAGAGCCGGAGAGCGCGCCUAGGGGGCGCUGCGGCCGCGGGAACCUGGGAAACAAAAGUCAAAUGGAAGCAUUAACUCGGGAUGUUGGGAAAGAACCAUCCAAUUUUGUGAACAUGAAAAAGUUCUUCGGGGAUGAUUCGUGUUUAUCUGCAUUAGGAGAAGUCUGGGAAUGUGAGGACCAGGUGGAAAUGCUCCGUAGAAAUCCAGAGGUGCAUUUGAGGCAAACGGCAUCCACACACAAGGACCCAGAGCAUCUACGAGGGGCUGUGGUCACUGUGACCAUUGUGGUCAUCUGCUCAGUCCUAGCUGCAUGUCAGAGAGGUCCUCGAACAACAGGUUUCUGUGAACAUGAUUCAAAGGUUAAACAUAUUAGUUACAUACGUAAUUGUCAGAAAGUCUCUAAAGGUCAAAUUAUUGAGGAAAAUGAUGACUGUAGAGCAGCCAUCAGCCAGGGUGGACAACCUAGGCACCUGGAUGAAGCUCUAACAAGGAGAUGAGCCUUCAAAAUGUAACGAAGGUGGUAACUCCUUCAGCCUUUCUGCGCACCUUAGUGAACAACAUGUAGUUGCGAGAGAAAGGAACGACACAGAGGAGAAGGACGUGAGGUGGUGUUUGAUAAGGACACACGUCCUUAUGAACACAGUGGAAGUAUCUCUGAAAAUGAAUACAGUGACUGCAGUGAAUGUGGACUAUCCGUUAGAAAUCUCAUUUCAUCAGUCACCAGAGGACUCAUACUGAAGAGAGCCCUUAUACAUGUAAUGACUGCAGAAAAUCCCUCUCUAAGAAUUACAACCUGAUUGUACAUCAAAAAAUCCACACAGGAGAGAAAUCCCAUAAAUGCAAUCAGUGGGAAAGCCUUCAGUGCUGGUCCACCUUUACCAAGCAUGAGAAGACCCACAUAGGAGAGAAGCCCUGUGAAAGGAAUCCUAGCUGUGGGAAGGCCUUCAGCUGCCACUGUUCCCUUGUUUUGCAUCUCAGAAGUCAUACUGGGGAAAAACUAUUCGAAUGUAAUGAAUGUGAAAAAUCCUUUUCUGAUGUCUCCCACCUUAUUGUCCAUCUGAGAAUUCACACGUGAGAAGAUCCCUGUGUAUGCACUGGGUGGAGAAAGGCCUUCACUGAUCACACAUAACUUAUUAAACAUGGGAGAAUUCACAUCGGAAAGAAACCCUCUAUGUGUAUGGAGUGUGGAAAUUUCUCCAACCACAACAGUCACCUCUUCUGCAUCAAAAAAAUCAUUCUGGAAAGAAAUGUCGUGAGUUAAACAACGUGGAAAAACUGUCAUCGGGAUUAUGUACCUCAUAAGGCACAAGAGGAUUCAUACUGGUGAGAAGGUCUGUGACUGUAACCAGUGUCAGACUUUUCAGGAACAUCGUGGGCCUCAUCUGGCACCGGAGGACUCAUACUGGUGAGAAGCCCUACAAGUGUAAUCAGUGUGGCAAAGCCUUCAGGAACAGCUCCUGUCUGACGAAGUACAGGAAGGUACGUGCUCAGGCAUCCUUGUACCAGUGUGUCUAGUGUGGGAAAGUUCCCAAGGAUCUGUGCUCUUGCUGGACACUAGAGUUGACACAUUGGAGUGACACCUAUGGGGAUUCAGUGAGCAUGCGUGGCAGUGACUGAUCUGAUUCUCUUUACUUACGCAUUGUCAGAGACUUCAUGUUGAAGAGUUUAUGUUGUUUGACAAUAACGAAUCUGUUUUUCCAUGUAUAAAUGGAAGAACAAAGCCUGGAUGACAGCAC